AUGACCGGAGGAAAAUCUGGAGGCAAGGCCAGCGGCAGCAAGAACGCCCAAUCUCGCUCGUCCAAGGCCGGUCUUGCAUUCCCCGUUGGUCGUGUUCACCGUCUUCUCCGCAAGGGUAACUACGCUCAGCGUGUCGGUGCUGGCGCUCCCGUCUAUCUUGCUGCCGUUCUCGAAUAUCUCGCCGCCGAAAUCCUCGAAUUGGCUGGUAACGCUGCUCGUGAUAAUAAGAAGACCCGUAUUAUCCCCCGCCAUCUCCAGCUUGCCAUCAGAAACGAUGAGGAAUUGAACAAGCUCUUGGGUCACGUCACCAUCGCCCAGGGUGGUGUUCUCCCCAACAUUCAUCAGAACCUCCUGCCCAAGAAGACCCCCAAGAGUGGCAAGGGUUCGGGUAGCCAGGAGCUGUGAGCAAUUUUUCUUUGGUUUGGGUUUUCUGAUUCGGCGUGGAUUGGUUCUCUUAUUGAUGUGAUAAC